UAACAUUCCAUUACGUCCGAGUUCCUUGUUGGUACGUGAAUGCACCGUGAUUCCUCCUUUGGCCUCGGUGGCUCCUCAGUCCUGGUCCGACUAUUGUUGUGUGUCUUUGGGGGCAAACACGAGCUCAGUACAGACAAAAUUCUGGAUAUUCUGUGUGUUUCUUCUAGUUUAAACCUCCAUUAUAUAACGCUGCUUUUGUCAGUCGGUGGCUCCUCGUUGUUUUUGAAAGAGCACGGGGAAUCUCAGCGGAGGACUUUGGUCUGGUGUGGUAGUUGUUCGUUAUGGGACAGACGGAAGACUGAGUCUGCGUUGGAAACAGAAAGAGGCUGCGUGUCUGCCGUUUUCACACUUAUCUGGGUUUUUGACGUGAAAUAAAGAACAAAACGUGCGGUGCUGAUUAUCCGAGGACGCAUGUAGCCGAACUAAAACAGUGCUGAGGUCGAAUUUAAGCUCCAGGAUGCAUACCGGGUUUCUAUCCAAGCCUCACUCUGGACCCUUUGACAGGCACAGCAGGUGGCCCCAACAGCAAUAAUGGAUGCGGAAGGAAGUUCCGCUCCCUCCUCUCCAGCCCUGCCCCCCUCCGCUGACCGUGAUUGGCAGAGAUGGCAGGCUGCCCCAAAGAUUAGCUUGAGCUAGGCCUCAUAAAGUGUGCCAAAGCAAUAACUCCAUGUUACACUUCAGUAAAGGUUUGCACCAUUGACAGGUCUGUGUGACUGUGUCCUGGAUUUACAAAUCAUGGAGAGGCUUUGUCCUUCAUUGUAUUUUGUGGCAGACUUCAUGUAAUGACCCAUGUGCAUUGUGCCUCACUGAGUCAAUAACAACCAAUGUGCCUUUCUGUGCAGCUAAACCCAUCAAUGGAAGGCCAAUCAAUGACAUUGUGUUGUUACAGCAUGGGUUGACCAAACACACCCUGUGCAGUGUAACAGAACAGUGAACACUAGUCCAACAGUAGGACAAUGUCGGCUAAAUUGUUACAUUAUUGUGUCUUUUUUUUUUAAUUGUUCCUGUUAGUGAUGUAGUGCCAUCAAAUGACUCCUUCAACUGUUGAGUUACUGUUGAAUUGACAAAGAGAAUUGAACUUAGUUCAAUAGUAGCCAGUUAUUCUAUUACUAAUCUAUGUGACGUGUUUUACAGGACAUUUGGUCAAAGGUCAAAGGGCCCCUCCCAGGCUCAACGAUGGGUUGUGUCAAAAGUAAAGAGGAGAUGGACCCGACGCUGAAGUACCGACCCGACAAUUCGAAUGCAACUCCACUUAAUGCCCACCUGGGCCACUAUGGGCCGGACCCCACCCUCAUGGGUCAUUCACCAGCCAUGAAGUCACACAACAACAGCUACAACAGUAAUGCUGCUUCGCUCACCCCCUUCGGUGGGGCAUCUUCAGUCAUGACACCCUUUGGUGGCGCCUCCACCUCCUUCACCUCAGUGGCUGUGAGCAGUCCUUUCCCUAAUGUCAUCGCAGGUGGUGUCACAUUUUUCGUAGCACUGUACGACUACGAGGCGAGGACGUCGGACGACCUCUCCUUUAAAAAAGGAGACCGCUUCCAGAUUAUUAACAAUACUGAAGGUGACUGGUGGGAGGCUCGCUCCAUCAACACGGGACAUAAAGGUUACAUCCCCAGUAACUAUGUGGCGCCGGCCGACUCCAUUCAGGCUGAAGAAUGGUACUUUGGGAAAAUGGGUCGCAAAGAUGCAGAGCGCUGGUUGUUGGGUCCAGGGAACCAGCGAGGCACUUUCCUGGCACGAGAGAGCGAGACGACCAAAGGUGCCUACUCCCUGUCUAUCCGGGACUGGGACGAUGUGAAGGGAGACAAUGUCAAACACUACAAGAUUCGGAAGCUGGACAACGGUGGUUAUUACAUCACAACUCGGGCCCAGUUUGAGACACUCCAGAAGCUGGUGAAACAUUACACAGAACACGCUGACGGUCUGUGCUACCGAUUGACGACGGUGUGUCCGACGGUGAAGCCUCAGACUCAGGGACUAGCUAAAGAUGCCUGGGAAAUCCCACGGGAGUCUUUACGACUGGAAGUCAAACUGGGACAGGGCUGCUUCGGGGAGGUUUGGAUGGGCACAUGGAAUGGGACCACCAAGGUGGCCAUCAAGACCCUGAAGCCAGGCACCAUGUCUCCAGAGGCGUUCCUGCAGGAGGCUCAAAUCAUGAAGAAACUCCGACACGACAAACUGGUACCGUUGUACGCCGUGGUGUCGGAGGAACCCAUCUACAUUGUCACUGAGUUCAUGGGCAAAGGUAGUUUACUGGACUUCCUGAAGGAGGGCGAUGGGAAAUAUCUGAAACUGCCUCAGCUGGUGGACAUGGCAUCACAGAUUGCUGACGGCAUGGCCUUCAUUGAGAGGAUGAACUACAUCCACAGAGACCUGAGAGCGGCCAAUAUUCUGGUGGCUGAUAACCUGGUGUGUAAGAUCGCCGACUUCGGCCUGGCUCGGCUCAUCGAGGACAACGAGUACACGGCCAGACAAGGUGCAAAAUUCCCCAUCAAGUGGACGGCCCCUGAAGCUGCUCUCUACGGCCGCUUCACCAUCAAGUCUGACGUCUGGUCGUUCGGUAUACUACUGACUGAACUGGUGACCAAAGGCAGAGUGCCUUACCCAGGUAUGGUCAAUCGAGAAGUACUUGAGCAGGUGGAGAGAGGUUACCGCAUGCCCUGCCCUCAGGGCUGUCCAGAGUCCCUCCACGAGAUGAUGAGGGUCUGCUGGAAGAAGGAUCCGGACGAGAGGCCGACGUUCGAGUACAUCCAGUCCUUUUUAGAAGACUACUUCACGGCCACAGAGCCACAGUACCAGCCGGGAGACAACCUCUAGAGGGACUGUGGAGCAAACUCUGUCACUGCAGAGAGACGCACCGGCAGAGCUCGGAGCAGAGGAGCAAGAGCGACGCUCAGAGAGGCUGCCGAGACUAGCGCCUCUGAGAAAAAUGUUCAAUAAACUAGUACAAAACCACGCGGCCACAUUUGCACAUGCGAGGGUUCUGAAGUAGAGGUUUUGUCCCUUUUGUACGCAGGGACCAAAUAUUUGAGGUACGUCAAGCUCUGGGAACCUUGCAUAUUUAGAAUAUCACAUACGGACAACACUGUGAUGAAAAGAGAAAGAUAUUUGUUUUUCCUAAAUUGACAUUUUUUUGCAGAUGCACAGUUUCUUCUUUUUUUCUACAUUUCUAUCAUAUCUGCUCCUGUUUCUCCAAACUAGGAUGAUUAUUUGUCAGUGGAGCCCUGAGCUCUUUUAAUGUUUGUACAUGAGUCGGGUUGUUUGGUUUAAUCCUGUCAGUUGGCCAGUGUGUGGUGACUCUGUGGUGAAGAAUGUGCUGUAACUGAGUGUGAAGCUGAGGUGGCGAAGCAAGUGACAAAAGGUGAGCUGUACGGCUGAAAGAAUGUACUUGGAGGAAACCGACGGAUUCCCUCUGUGUGGCAAAAACUGUUUUGUUUUUUUAAUGGUUGACUUAAAAAAUGAAAGUGAUUGGCCUGAUUUUCUUUUUUUUUUCGUCCUGGUCACUUGAAUGGCACAAAAAAAUCACAUGGAUUUAUUUAGCAUUUGCAGUUAUUGCUAAAUUUGAGAUUUUACAUGAUGAAGUUCAGUGAUGUUUUACACAAGCAAAAACUGUUUUAAUUUUUAUGUUCUUAAAUGUUUGAAAAUCAACAUCAGAGGUAAUUUUACUUUUUACUUUUUUUUUUUUGAUUUGUUAUACCAGACUAAAUCAUUCUGCACAAGAAUUGAGUUGUUUACACAAUUUGAGAUUUUUUAUUUUUUUGUCGACUGGCGAGAAAAAAAUCUGAAACCAAACAUGUAAAAUUAGAAAUAUAUUUUUAAAUACAUCUAUGCAGAGCCUCCAGCAGGUAUUUCCCCAGAUUAAGUUGCAUUCAAUUCUGGACAUUUGGGGUCACGUUAGGACAAAUAAAAUACUUUGGGACAUUCUGCCCCCAAAUGGGGCAUUAGUGCUAAGUAGAGGUUGUGGGUGUAAAAACAAAAGCAGCAAUAGUCCGUUUUAUAGGUACGUCCUGUGUCUGUGUUUGACGGGAGACUAAAGAACAUGGAAUUCACAGAGGGAGCUACAGGCGAGAACAAAGAUGUGAACAAUUUUGUAAUUUCUUUCUGUUGGUCCUUCAUGAGAGACUAAUACUGUGUGUGAGUACUCCUAAAGACUGGGACUUCAACUAGUGGGGAGAUAAUAAUAAAAUUACUCAGAAUGGUAACUAAUAUGAUUUUGUACAGAAGAAUAAAAGUUUUACUUAAACAGU